CAUGGCGAGUGGUAAUUGGGUGAUUGCUUUGGUAAAUCAAUUAACAAUGAAACGGUUAUAGUAACCGCUUAGCACGAAUCUAGUUCACGUGGUCGUGGCCUCUAUGGAGAAAUUAAAAUCUCGUGCCACCCUACUCAGGCUUUACGUGCAACGCGUGUCUACCUUCAGCCUUCCCCCUCGCUUGCUUAAUACACACACGCCUCGUCCGUGCCAAUCCAAAAAAAAACACACACACACGCAAACACGCUCGAGCUUCCACACACGCGCGAAACCCUAACCCUCGCACGCAAACACAUAAUCUCACACGCGCCUCCUCUCUCGUACCGGCCGGACCCGCCACGUAAUCGCCGGAGAAACUAAAAUUCUCGCCUUUUGUCAUCUUUCUUACCUUCUUGAGGCCCGGCGACUGACCUUCCAACGACGCCGGAGCCACUCUGGUGGCCGGGGAGCUCUGGUAUUGUUGUGGCAAAGUUUGUGAGCUCAGAAGUAAAAGGUUCAUAAUGAGAAAGAUGGAGACGAAGAGAGCAACUGAAGUUUUGAUUCCUCAAAAGUGAAGUUUUUGAGUGAAAUUUUACUUGAGAAAUUGAGAUGUUAUAUGGCUAGCCAAAACGAGAAGGUAGCUGUAGAAUCAGUGCGUUGCAGAAUUUUUCAGGACAUGCUGCUGCAUUUUCUUUGAAAAACUUUCAUCUAUGCACAUACCUGGGUUGCAAUGGUGGCAUUUGUCUUGGACCUAUUGCAGUAGUAAGUCUUAGUUGAGUGUAGUAGUUUGUGUGAGAGAUAAUGUCAUCAGACAUGCAGAAAUUGAUAGGAACAAGUGAAGAGGAUGAUGAGGAAGAAAUGGAUAUGGAUGUUAAGGAGGAAGAUGAUGAAGAUGAAGAAAACCGAGAGAAGCACAUGGCCACACAAGUGAUGGUAGGGAUUGAUGGAGGGAUGGUGCCAAAUAGUAAUAGUCCAUUUCUACAUCACCAGCAUAUUCAAGAACAGGUUAGCACUCCAGGAGGUGGAGGAGGAGCUCGAAGAAGUAGACCACUUGAAGAAAAGGAGAGAACGAAGCUAAGAGAGCGACAUCGGAGGGCAAUCACUGCAAGGAUCUUGGCAGGGUUAAGAAGGCAUGGCAACUAUAAUCUUAGGGUUAGAGCUGAUAUUAAUGAUGUGAUUGCAGCUUUGGCCAGGGAAGCUGGCUGGGUUGUUCUCCCAGAUGGAACCACCUUUCCUUCAAGAUCUCAGGGUUCAAGGCCCGUGACCGGCACUUCUGCAGCAGCAACUACUUCAUCUUCCCAUCUGGUGUCACAACAGACUCCAUCCACUUCUCUUAGAGGGGUCUCUCCCGGUUAUCGGACAUCAGUUGAGUACAAUUCAUCUCGACUGAAAGGUGUUUUUAUGCCCACUCCAUCACCUUUUGAUCUUCCUACAAGCACUCAGUCUCAAACUUCAGCAAUGAUGGGGGAUGGAGUAGAACAAACUGAGAGUCAUCCACUCAUUGGUGGCUCCUUGGAUACUAUCAAUGAUAAGCAGGUAGUUGACAUAGCCUCAAAGUUAUCUGAGCGAGAUUUUGCUGGCACUCCAUACAUACCAGUUUAUGUGAUGCUACCAUUGGGUGUCAUAAAUAUGAAGUGUGAGCUGGCCGAUCCAGAUGGCCUAUUAAAGCAGCUGAGCGUAUUGAAAUCUGCUAAUGUGGAUGGCGUCAUGGUUGACUGCUGGUGGGGAAUAGUGGAGGCACAUGCUCCACAGGAGUAUAAUUGGAAUGGUUACAAGAGGCUCUUUCAGAUGGUGCGUGAGCUUAAACUCAAGUUACAGGUUGUGAUGUCAUUUCAUGAAUGUGGAGGCAACGUUGGUGAUGACGUUUGUAUCCCUCUGCCACAUUGGGUUGCAGAGAUUGGUCGAAGUAAUCCUGACAUAUUUUUCACUGAUAGAGAGGGAAGACACAAUCCUGAAUGCCUCUCAUGGGGAAUUGACAAAGAGCGAGUGUUAAGAGGCCGAACUGCUCUUGAGGUAUACUUUGAUUACAUGAGAAGUUUCCGGGUAGAAUUUGAUGAAUUCUUUGAAGAUGGUCUUGUCUCCAUGGUUGAAGUUGGACUUGGUCCGUGUGGUGAGCUACGAUACCCAUCUUGUCCUGUAAAGCAUGGUUGGAGAUAUCCUGGCAUUGGUGAAUUUCAGUGUUAUGAUCAGUAUUUCUUAAAAAGCCUAAGGAAGAUGGCGGAAGCAAGGGGACACCCAUUUUGGGCUAGAGGACCAGAAAAUGCUGGUUCCUAUAAUAGCCAGCCACAUGAGACCGGAUUCUUCUGUGAUGGAGGGGACUAUGAUGGUUAUUAUGGCAGGUUCUUUCUUAAUUGGUAUUCUCGGGUUUUAGUUGAACAUGGAGAUCGGGUGCUUUCUUUGGCAAAGUUGGCUUUUGAAGGCACCCAAAUUGCUGCAAAGCUGUCAGGUAUUCACUGGUGGUACAAGACAGCCAGUCAUUCUGCUGAAUUAACUGCUGGAUUCUACAACCCAAGCAAUCGUGAUGGUUACGCUGCAAUCGCAAUAAUGCUAAAGAAGCAUGGAGCUGCUUUAAACUUUUCGUGCUCUGAAUUGCGGAUGUUAGACCAGCAAGUGGAGUUUGCAGAGGCACUCGCUGAUCCUGAUGGAUUAUUGUGGCAAGUUCUGAAUACUGCAUGGGAUGUUAACAUACCAAUUGCUAGUGAGAAUGCCCUGCCUUGCCAUGAUAGGGUUGGCUACAACAAGAUUUUGGAUAAUGCCAAGCCCUUGAAUAAUCCAGAUGGAAGACAUUUUUUGUCUUUUACAUACCUUAGGCUGAGCCCCCUUCUCAUGGAGAGACACAACUUCAUGGAAUUUGAACGUUUUGUCAAGAGAAUGCAUGGGGAAGCAGUUCUUGAUCUCCAGGUAUAGCAACAGGAACAAGAGGAAGCCCCAUCCAAAUUGUUUAAAAUAUUUGGUUUUUUCCCCACAGAUUUGCUGGGAUACAAUGUUGCAAAUUAGUGGAUAGUCUUCAACUCAAUUUGAUUCAACUUAAUCCUAAACUAGUCAGGAAUCAGGAUCAACAGCAAUCUUUUCUAUUAGUUUUAAGUAACACCUUUGUAAAUGAAAUCACAAACUCACAGCAGUCAGGUUUAUAGAUCUAAGCUUCUUGGUAUGCUUGCUUAUUGACUUUAGAUGAAACCGCUCAAGUGGUCAAAAGUCAAUUGUUUAAUCAUGUAUGAUUCAGCAAAAUUUGGAAUCAUCAACGAGAGCAGAAGUUCUAUAUUGGCA